GUAGGAGACGACGAAAUGAGUGUUGAAUUCUUCUAUCUCAGCCUUGUGAUCCUUAGCAUAUCCGUCAAACCAGUGACGGGAUGCUAUUGAAUCAAUAAGAUAAGAGCGCCAUAUUUCAACCGUGAUGUCCAGAAGUACUUAUCGACGGAAUUAAAAUAUGGAUCUUGGCAUCGUGAAUCAGAUUGGUUCAAUAGCAUGCUAUCACUGGUUUGAUGGACAGCUUACGAUCAUAAGAUUGCGGUAGGAGAAGACAAUACUUGUGUUGUUUCCUUCUCCAACCGUAAUAUUAUGAUCUUAUGUAUAUCCGUCAAACGACUGAGGGGAUGCUAUUGAACCAUCAACAGCGUCGCAUUUAAACUAUGGUACCCAAUGGUACCGAUAUAUGGCCGAUAUGCAUGACGGAAUUAAAUCAUGCUGGCUUUACGAAAUUCCGAAGUUGUCAAAAGUAUCAUCUGCCUAUAAUAAUCUACCUUACACGGUUGGGGGUACCUAUCCACUGCCUUUCAUAAAUGUGUUUCCUGUGCAGUAGUAAUGGCUGAGAAAUUGAACAAAAAUAAAAUUGAAGAAUAUGAAAAUUUUAUAGAGAAGAAAUUAAAAAGAGAUCUUGCUGAAAUAGAGGAAAUUUUAGAGAAAAAAUACGAAAAUUAUUCCCAUUGGGCUGAUCUUAAAAGCUUGAUUCAAGGACUAAAACUUCAACAAAAUGAAGAAAAGGAAUAUGAUAUUGCUGUUGAUAUGGGGUGUAGCGUGUUUGCUCAUGGACGAAUCGAAGAAGAAAAUGUUGUGUUUGUUAAUAUAGGGUGUGAGUGUUAUUUACCAAUGGACUAUAACGAAGCUAGUAAAUAUGCAGACAUUAGAAUUAAAGUGAUAGAAAGGGAAAUGGAACAUUAUAGAAAAUUGGCUGUUCAAGUUAAAAUGAACAUUAAAUUGUUUUUAUUAGCUAUUGAAGAACUUAAUACAAAUUUCAACAAUUAAACAACUUUUCUAUUUGUUUUUCAAAAAGUAAAUGAUGGAUGAUGAUUAUGACGAAAAAGUUUGGGAUACUGACCAUCAUAUGGACGACGAA